UGAUUGGCCGAAGCCCCCACGUGCUCCCGCCUCGAUUACGUGGACGCAAUGACCGGUGAUGUUACUUGUACUGCGAAACACACAACGUAUGGAAGGAUGCUGGAAGAGGGGCACUGCGAACAUCGAGGGCGGCGGCUUGCAAGGGAAUGAGAGUUUCGUGAGAGCCGAGGGUCUUCCUUUACAGAGCACCCAGCACCUCUGGUGCGCCGUCGAGUUCCGCUCUCUCCACAGUCGAUGCUGCAGUGCCCGAUUCUGUGACGGAAUUGUGCGCCCCAAGAUCCCUACCACUGACAUGAGACGAGUACAGCACCGCCACCAAUCUUUCCCUUGUCGCACGCACGUAGUAAGCAUCGGCAAGAAUAACUAACGAACCUCUGAGCCAUGAACAAGUCUCGCCAAGAAUCAUAUACUUCCGACGGUCCGACCUCGCCUUCUCCUCGAAUCGCCGCUUUCACCUCGGGAAUGACGUCAACAACGAGCGAUCCUGUGGCAGAAACUGGGCGUGCCAGCAGAUGCCCGGCUUGGCACACACCAGUAGCACAGGACAUCGUUCUACUUAUCUCGCAUAACGCUCUCGGCGGCCACGGGCUGACGCACGCGUUCCUGCGCAUUCCGGAUGACGACGACUCGGCGGAGAUUGGGUGGAUCAUAAACGUUCGCGGAGAUGCGGCCGUCGUGCCGGCAGACGUGUGGUCAGAGCUGAAUGUGGCGGUGAGUGCGGCGAGAGCAGAGGUCCGCGCAGGUCGAGGCGGGUCGUACAGCCGACCGCGAUAUGGCUCAUGCCCGACGGACGAGUUCUUCGAGAUGGGGCCGGCGGAUGCACCAAAUUCGUUCGCCAAGUUUAGUUUGAGUGGACACAUGAUCGAACUUGGAGAGGAUGCGCGCAUUCAGUAUUAUGCCGAUUCUUUGGCAGCGCACCUCCCAGUAUCACUUGAAUCUAUUCCCGCCGCAUUUACAGAGGUGCAUCCUGAACUUUUCGUUGUUCAAAAACUCAACUAUGGAGAAUUGACGGUAAAUUUACAGCUUAAGAAGCUGAGUCACCAGAUCUGCAAGCGAUUAUCGCCAUCAGGACUCGAACAAGAUUCUGCUCAACCCAACACUCUCGCCGUGGCCCAGGUGCUAAACCAGAUGACAACAAUCGUUCGACAAAGAAACCUUCUCAAGGCCCAUUUCCUUUCACGAGCAGAGUCGCCCGGGGUGAUGGAAAGAUUGGGUCGACUAUUCUUUGUGAACAAAUGAUCUCUGAACUUGAAAGCUCACUCCAGCAAAUGUGCUAGUUGUUGAGCCUUCGUUUCUGCUAUGAGCUACUGUACAUAAGUCUCUUAUUGAGAUCUGAGCCGUUACAGGCAAGUGAUCCCCGACGUAUUAGGUGUUGAGCACUGGGGAGAGUGUCUAGCAGCUCACCUGUGUGAGUGAGAGCUUAGUGUGGGCACUAUGCGGGAGUAGUCAAGAGACUUAUAUUAAAGGGUAAUAGAGCCCUCCUUAUAUAUGAUACAGGGGGCCGUUUGUGUCUAUUUGGGACGAGUCGAUAUGACUCUAGAUGACACGUGAUGGAGUCAUAGAUGUGUAUCACAA